UCCCUUCCCCCUUCGAAGAACUCCUCUCCCUCUCUCUCUCUCUCUCUCUCUCUUCCCCCGUUCUCUCUCUAUAUAUACACCCCUGUCCUCCCCUUUUCCCUCCCAUCAACUACUUCUCUUUCUUUUCUUAUCUUUCUCUCUCUAAAACAUUUUCAAGAACAAACGAUCAUCCAAUACCGAACAACAAUGACAAGUGGAAUUGGGAAAAGCAGGGUUUUAUCCGAUUUCGAAGAUUUGUUGCCUGUAAUGGCCGAGAAAUUGGGCGGCGAAGGGCUUAUCAAAGAGCUCUGCAGCGGAUUCGAGCUGCUGAUGGACAAGGACAAGGGGUUGAUCACGUUGGAGAGCUUGAGGUCAAACGCUGCCGUUUUGGGUCUGCAAAAUAUGAGGGAAGAUGAGCUUGUGAGUAUGGUUAGGGAAGGUGAUUUGGAUGGCGAUGGAGCCCUUAACCAGAUGGAGUUCUGCGUUUUGAUGUUCAGAUUAAGCCCGGACCUCAUGGAAGAAUCUUGGCUGUGGCUUGAAGAUGUUCUCCAAGACGAGCUUAAUAAUACUAAAAGAUCUUAACUUUUUUUUUGUCUAAUUCAAUGUAGAAAACGACACAUAUUGGUAGAGAUACAAUGUCGUUUUUUGAUUUUCAUUGGCAUUGAAUAAAAAUAACUUUAUUAUAUUCGUUGAUUGUAAUGCCGUUGUUUAUAAUGAAGAAAAACAUUUUUUUUUCCA